UGCUGUUGUCUGUUCAUAGCAUUGAAGCCUUCCUGUUGCCGCUUCAUACCAUUGAGGCCUUGCUGUUGUGUGUUCAUACCACCGAGGCUUUGCUGUUGUCGAUUUAUACCAUCGGGGCCUUGUUGUCGCUUCACAGCAUUGAGGCCUUGCUGUUGUUGGUUAAUGCCAUUGAGACUUUGCUGCUGUUGGUUUUGCUGUUGUUUGUUCAUACCAAUGAAGCCUUGCUGCUGUUGGUUCAUUCCAUUGAGGCCUUGCUGCUGCUGA